ACUACCUAGAAGUCCAACAGGACGACGGAAUACCAAGAGGACGACGGGAGAUCAAGAGGACGAAGUCGUGGACAUGGCAGAUGAAGAUGAACUACCUGACAAUGAGGACAUGAACGGGGUAGAAUCUCGGAAUAGAACGUCUAGAGAAUCAAAGUCUAAUCAGCUGAUACAACAGAAGAAUCGGUUCCUCAGACAUGAUAGGUUCACCUUUAUUUACUCUUGCGCUCGGGCGCAAUUCAAGCAGCUGUGA